AUGUCUGUCAAAAUCGAGUCCGUCACCUACCCCAACCUUGCAUGGCAGUCGGCGGGGAACCUCAUCUUCCCCCCCGACUUUGACAAGUCGAAAAAGUACCCGGCUCUCCUCGCUGCCCACCCCAUUGGUAGCUGCAAGGAGCAAACCGCAGGCAACGUCUAUGGCGUCGGCCUUGCCAAGGCUGGCUUUGUCGUUCUCGCCUUUGACGCUUCGUUCCAGGGUCAAAGCGGUGGCGAGCCUCGGUUCAUUGAGGACCCAGGACUGCGUGUGGGCGACUUCCGCUUCGCCGUCGAUUUCCUUGUCACCCUCCCCUACGUCGACGAAGAACGUAUUGGCGCACUCGGCGUCUGCGGUGCCGGUGGCUAUGUGAUCAACGCCACCAUGACCGAGCACCGUAUCAAGGCUGUCACCUCGAUUACCGCUGUCAACUUUGGUCGGCUGACUCGCGAGGCCUUCACCCAGUUCGAGCCCGCCAAGGCUAUGGAGGCCAUGGGCAAGCAGCGUACUGCCGAAGCCCGCGGUGCCGAGCGCAACGUCAUUGACCUGAUCCCGCUGUCCAACGAGGCCGCAAAGGCAGAGGGCGCGACCGACCCCGACAUUGUUCAAGCCACCGACUACUACCGCUCGCGCUGCCCUGACAAGAACGGACCGGCCAAGCAGCUCUUCUCGUUCAACGCUGCCGCCACGACUUGGGACGCGUUCAACCACAUUGAGACCCUCCUCACCCAGCCUGCCAUGAUGAUCGUUGGCGACAUUCCCGGCGCAUUUGGCGGCUACCGCGACAGCCUUGAGGCGUACGGCCGUGCCUCGGGCUCCAAGGACAGGCAGCUCGUCGUCCUCCCCAACACAUCCCACUACCAGCUGUACGACCAGCCCGAAGCCACAGGCGCCGCCCUUGCCAAGGCCAUCCCCUUUUUCGAGAAGCAUCUUGCGUAG